GCUUCUUCUGUCUGGAAGCGGAGCUUCAUCUAGCUGCGGGCAUGUGGGGCAGCCGGCUCUUCAGAACCCCCUUUGCUCCCCUGGGGCAACGCAGCCCCUCGCGGGCGCAGUCCGCUUUAGCCCAGUUGAAGCACCUGCUGGAGGGGGAGCUCGAGGGCAUCCGAGGCGCGGGGACCUGGAAGGGCGAGAGGGUGAUCACGUCCAAGCAAGGCCCCCAUAUCCACGUGCAAGGCAGCCAAGGAGAUAUCCUGAAUUUCUGCGCCAACAACUACCUAGGGCUCUCAAGUCAUCCUGAGGUGAUCCAUUCUGGACUGGAAGCCCUGAAGAAGUAUGGAGCUGGCCUCAGUUCUGUCCGCUUCAUCUGUGGAACGCAGGAUAUACACAAAGAUCUAGAGGAGAAGAUUGCUCGCUUCCACCAGAGAGAAGAUGCCAUUCUCUAUGCCAGCUGCUUUGAUGCCAAUGCCGGAAUCUUUGAGGCACUACUGACCCCCGAAGACGCAGUACUGUCAGAUGAAUUGAAUCAUGCCUCUAUCAUCGAUGGGAUUCGGCUGUGUAAAGCCAAUAAAUAUCGCUACAAGCACAUGGAUAUGCACGACCUGGAAGCCAAGCUGCAGGAUGCCCAGAGAUAUCGCCUGCGGCUGGUGGCUACUGAUGGUGCUUUCUCCAUGGAUGGGGACGUUGCCCCCUUGAAGGAAAUAUGCAACCUGGCUCAGAAAUACAAAGCCAUUGUUUUUGUGGACGAGUGCCAUGCCACUGGAUUCCUCGGGCCCAAUGGACGGGGCACUGAUGAGCUCUUGGGAGUGAUGGAUCAAGUCACUAUAAUUAACUCCACGCUUGGGAAGGCGCUUGGGGGAGCAGCAGGUGGUUACACAACAGGCCCCAGAGCACUCGUUGACCUUCUGCGCCAGCGUUCCCGGCCUUACCUCUUCUCCAACAGCCUGCCUCCUGCUGUUGUGGGAUCUGCCUCCAAGGCUCUGGAUCUGCUCAUGGAGAGCAAUGCCAUCGCUCAGUCUAUGGCUGCCAAGACGACACAGUUCCGAAGCAAAAUGGAAGCGGCCGGAUUCACCAUUUCAGGCAAUAAUCACCCUAUUUGUCCAGUGAUGCUGGGCGAUGCCCGGUUAGCUUCGGUGAUGGCUGAUGACAUGUUGAAGAGAGGCAUCUACGUCAUUGGAUUCAGCUUCCCCGUGGUGCCCAAGGGAAAAGCUCGUAUCCGCGUGCAGAUCUCUGCCGUUCACAGUGAAGAAGAUAUCGAUCGGUGUGUGGACGCCUUCACUGAAGUGGGCCGUAAACACGGAGCCUUACCUUGAAUGGCCGGGGAUGGAAAAUGCGUUGUGCCAAGGGUGCCUUUCGGAACUGGAACCUGGAGAUGGACCAUGCUACCUUCCAGCAAGCUGAAGGUGGCUUUCAAAGAGGGACCGCUCCUCUUUCAAAGGCAUCUUCACCUCUCUGGAAAGCACCAGAAGAGCCACUGUGGGAUGGGCUUCCAAAAAAACCUUUCACUAUUCUUAGGGUGUGGCUCUGAAUCGAUAUAUUCUACAUCCACUAAAGAAGGAUUGCAAUAAGCCUGGAGGCUGAAAGAGUAAUAAAGGUGGUGUAGAUCCUGG